AAUAGACACGCUCCCAGACACCGACAUGGGCUUCUCCACGUCUCUUCCCCGGCCUGUGGCAGCCUUGUACCCGCCCGUCCUACUAAGCCUGGUGCUAGGCUACUGGGUGUCUCUCACACCUGCCGUGGAAAGCUACCUGCGUACGAACGUUCAGCCGAUUCUUCAGGAUACUUCAGUAUGGCGGUCAUCCGGUCGCUUCCUGCAGACACAGUGGGAGUGGGUAUAUGAAUCCUUCCGCGAUGAGUAUCAACUUGCCACCGUCGGAACGGCUCUGGUCAUCAGCGUGUGCCUGUUGGUGAUGACGUCACUGUACACGUACAUGGACCUGACGGGUCGCCCGGCUGUACUGGUCCGCUACAAGAUACAGCCUAACGUCAACCCGCCGCCUGUGAACGCCGCCCUGUUCGCCAAGGUAGGACUGCACCUGAUUCCCAACACGCUCCUGACGCUAGCGGGGAUCUACCUGCUCCAACCCGUGAUGUUAUGGAGGGGGAUGGAGUUCAGCAAGGAACUCCCGUCUCUAUGGCGACUGCUGCUGGACUUUCCUGUCUGUGUGCUUAUGCAGGAGAUAGGCUUCUACUAUGGACAUAGGCUGGUGCACAUUCCAUACCUGUACAAACGCAUCCACAAGCAGCAUCACGAGUUCACAGCGCCCAUGAGCGUGGUCGCCCCGUACAGCCAUCCCUUAGAGCACGUCACCACUGGUGUUCUCCCACUGUUCACUGGACCAAUUCUCUCCGGGUGUCACGUGGCCACGAUGUGGGUGUGGCUGGCAUACCUGAUGUACGAGACCACCACAGACCACUCCGGCUAUCACAUGCCGCUCGCCAGGUCACCGGAGUUUCACGAUUUCCAUCACGCCAAGUUCAAUUGCAACUACGGUACAACAGGUUUGCUGGACUGGCUACAUGGAACGGAUUCCGCCUUCCGGCAGAGCACCGCCUGGAAGCGUCACCGCAUCCUGUUUGGUAUCACUCCGCUCUCCGCAUCCAUCCUGGAUACAAAGAAGAAAUAA